UCUGCGUGAGGACUGUAGGAGCCAUGCCUUUCCUCCAUGGCUUUCGACGGAUCAUCUAUGAGUAUCAGCCGCUGGUGGACGCUGUUAUGUCAGUUGUUGGACUGGGGGAGGAAAACGGUGGGCAGGAGGACAGAGCCAGAAUCCCUGACGAUGAGUCCGAUAUGAGUAGCUCUCUAGUGGAGCUUCUGGAGCGAGAGUCACGUUCAGAGGAGUUUGUGAAGGGCAUCAGUUAUGCCACCAUCAAAUUGGCUGAGCGCGGUCUGGUGGAGGCAGCUAGAAUUCUCCUACGUUAUGGAGCUGAUUUAAACUUUGAAGACCCAGUGUCAUACUACAAUCCACUGCAUGUAGCAGUUUUGAGGAAUAAACCAAACAUGGUGAAGCUACUGGUUGAGCAUGGAGCCGACAUUGAAAGGAGGGACAGGAUUCAUCAGAGCAGUCCUUUGGAUCUCGCUAGCGAGGAGUCAGAGAGGCUCCCCUGCCUGCUCACACUUCUGGAACUGGGUGCUGAUGUGAAUGCGGGUGAUAAACAAGGGAAAACAGCCCUGCACCAUGCCAUGGACAGCAGCGAUGGACUCACAGUGCACAACACCGAAAACAUCCAGCUUCUAUUAGAGAGAGGUGCUGAUGUUAACAAUGUUAUUGAAAAUGGAGAAACAGUUCUGUCCUCAUUUGUGUUCCUGGUCGAAGAGAUUCUGGAAGCCACUGUAGACGAAGCUGUUGAGAUCGGUAACUUCUGCAUGAAAACCACAGAGCUGCUGCUUGCCCAUGGCUUGAACCCCACCAGCUGUCUGACAGAUGAUGACCGGCCUUCUCUGAUACGGACAAGCCUGGACCACUUUGACCUGCUCUUCCCUCUGGCUUUGCUCCUCAUCCAGAGAGGAACCUCUAUGGUUUGCUCGCAUCAUGGCGACUCCUGUUGGUCAGGGUACAGCCUCCUUUUCCUGCGCCUCCAAAUGGCCCUGCCAAAGUGCGUUGACCAAAGCCAAGCCACUGAGCUCCUGGAGCAAGCUGAGGUGUUACUUGAAUUAGUCAGAGUAAACAACCCCACGUUGCCUCCGCCAAGCAGGCUGAAGUAUCCUGUGCGUGAUAAGGACCCGUACGCUGCGGCUCUGCUGGACCUGCACAAGCGAAUAAUGCAGCAUGAAUCAAGGCCUCCUACUCUGCAAUGCCUUUGUAGGGCAUUUGUUAGGCGCCACCUACAGCCUUGGCCUCUGGAGGAAAAAGUGAAAGCCUUGCCUUUGCCAGACAGACUGAAAGACUUCCUUCUUCCUGAAAACAAUUACACCCUAAGGCCUGAGUGGAACUGCUUUAAGCCCCAACAAAAACAGCACUGACACUACAAGCCACUGGCUUUUAUUCUACGUGUACAAAAACAAAGACUGAACAGACCUGUAACUUGUGUUAAGUGCUGCCAAGCAUUUGUGCUCAUAUUAACUAAAUCCUAACCAUGGUGGCCUUGGUUGAAUCCUCAUCAUGUUCUUGUACUGACAGACAACUGCGUGUAACUUUGUGGUGCAGAUGAGUCUUGGCGUUGCCACCCUACGCCUUGAGCUGCAGUGCAAAACAACAGGCACCAGAUGGCAGUGUUGCUCCUGCAUAUCUAAAGUAGCUCAGACGUUAGGGUCAGAAAUUUAGUUAUGCACAGUGCAGCCUAUUAAAGUUGUUCCAGCGCAGUAGGGUCCAUCUAUAUUUUAUCUCCUCAAUGUGAUGUGUACUCUGGUGUUUCUGUUUCUUCCUGCUUAUAAUGAAGCUGGACCAAUAAAACAAAAUGUCUCCGGACACUUGCAUAACAGAA